CCAAGACGGUACUCCCCUUAAUGUACAACCGUUGAUAAGCUACACAAGACUGCUUCACAAUCAAAGACGGCUUUUCCAGAUGAAUACGCACGUGCCAAGUGAUCAGAGCUUACGUCAUCGUCUUGGGCUGCAUCUGUACACGUGCCUUCAUAUUGAACAAACAUCAACUCACAAUGGCAGCACCAAGGAACUCAUUGCGUGGCUUUCUCACGCAUGCGAAGAGUGCUUUGCGCUCCGCUAUCAGCUCGAACCAGAAGGUCACUCUGGUCAUUGGCAAUGAGUCCGCCGAUCUCGACUCGAUGACUUGUCAGAUUUUAUACGCUUAUGUUCGCUCUAUGGCACCGCCGAAGAAUGCUUUCACGCCUCUAUACUUACCCGUGACCAACAUACCAGCUUCUGGCAUCAGCAUGAGGCCCGAGUUCCUAGCAGUGUUCAAACAUGCAAACAUCGAGCCGGCACAUCUGAUCACACUCGAUGACCUCCCGGCACUUUCAGAGAUCCAGGCUAGGCUAAAGCCUGAAAACACUAAGUGGAUUUUGGUAGACCACAAUGCACUCCAAGGCCAGCUUGGCAAGAUCUACUCCAGUCGUGUGCAGGGUGUCAUUGACCAUCAUGACGACGAAGGGAGGGUACCCAAAAACACGGGCGAUGAGCCUCGCAUCAUCGAAAAGAGUGGAAGUUGCACAAGCCUGAUCACAGACUACAUCCGACCCACGUGGGACAUGUUGUCGGGCUCUGCCCUGUCUUCGGGCGCUGCCCACGCCCAAGGCGACAGUAUGUCGGACGACGAUGCCGUUGUCAAACAAUGGGAUGCAAGUGUUGCCCAAUUGGCAUUGGCGAGUAUCCUCAUCGAUACAUCGAAUCUUCAGGACAAGAACAAGACUACCGAUCAUGACCGCAAGGCUGUUGAAUAUCUCGAGACAAAGAUUUUGCUUUGCCCCCAGCUGGUAACGAGCUUUGACCGCACAGCGUUCUAUGAAGCCAUCGACGCAGCGAAGAAGGACAUAGGACCGCUAAAACUACAAGACAUACUACAAAAGGACUAUAAGGAAUGGGACCAGGAUGACGGUCAGAAGCUCGGUAUCAGCUCAAUCGUCAAGCCUAUCUCUUUUCUGAAAAACAAAGCCGACGAAGAAGCAUCCUCAUCCUCACCCAAAGCUUUCCUCGAGCAGUUGCAAUCCUUCGCAAAAGACCACAGCCUCGACUUAUACAGCAUCAUGACCACAUCAACCUCUCAAGGUGGAGACUUCCAGCGCGAGCUCCUCGUUUGGGCCUUCAACGACAAGGCUGCAUCUUGGGCGAGGUCCUUCGCGGAGAACUCGCGGGAGGAACUUGGGCUCGAAGACUGGGAUGGAGACGAGGACGUGGCGAGUAGCGAGGGCCACGGGCAGUGGAGAAGAGUAUGGUGGCAGCGACAAGUGCAACAUAGUCGAAAACGUGUCGCGCCGUUGCUGAGGCAAGCUCACAGUUGACUUGACCAGUACACUG